UCUUUAUUAGGCCCUUUUCUGAAUCCUAAGGUCCUUCGAUUUGAUAUUUCCUAUUUAAUUAAAAUAAAAUGACCACCAAUACAGAAGAAAAAAAAUUGCUCAAGAGAACCAGCUCUCUUCCUCCUUUACCAGGGAAGUCUCCUUUGUCUGUCCUUCACCCUUUCUCCUGUAGGGUUGCCGGACUUCUCUCUCCAAUGUCGUUGAUAGAUCAAAAAUGGACUUUUUCUUUCAGUUACUAUGCAAUCUUUAGCACCCUUAUGGUUUCUUUUCCAAUUGCUUAUGUUUUUGAAGAUGUAGUAUUAUGUGUCUAUUCCAUUCUAGCGGCGGCUUGUGUAUCAGCAGUUGUGUGCUUGCCAAACUGGAGGCAAAAUAUCGAUUCUGAUUUAACAUGGGUGUCAAAUAAAAAGGUAAUCGAAUACUACGAUAAACUCGCUGCAGCCAAGAACACCACAAAAAAAAUUACCAAAGGCAAAGGAAAGAAUGUUAAAGUUGAAUAAAGAUAUGUGUUAAUGAAUGUUAUUGAGAAAGAUAAAUUUUACAUUUUAAAAUCGAAACAAAUUGAGCGUUGAUAUGACCACAGAGGUUGCAUCACAAAGUCAUUCCCAUUCUAUCGCCCUUCA